AUGGGAUUGGAUACUUCAUUAAUUCAAGGUUCAAUGGUAUUUCAUAACCUCGAGGGAAAAUCUCAAAUGUUCAAGCUUAAGAAUAUGAGCUUCCAUGCUCCCUCUGAACAUACUUUAAAUGGAGUUCGUUACGAUGCUGAACUUUAAAUUGUUCAUCAGGAGUAUUAGGGCAUUUAACUAGCAGUAAUAUCAAUCUUGUUUGAUGCAUCAAAAGAUAUAAGCUCUUGCCUAUUUGAAAAGCUCAACCUAGGAAAUCUGACUAGAUUAAAUCAAACUAAUUUAACUUACCCUGCUAGUUUAGCUAACCCAACAGUUCAAAGAAGAACAAAUCUAAAAGUUCCUUUAAAAGAUUAUGUUGAGAGAAUGGGAGAUAGUUUCUACUAUUAUCAAGGAUCAUUGACCAUUCCUCCUUGCCAAGAAAAUGUCCACUGGAUAGUAAUGUCUGAAGUAUAAUAUAUAACACUUGAUUAAAGAUCUCAACUUAGCAGAUUAUGGCAGUAAAAUCCUACAUUUGCCAGUGGAAGAGGCAACAAUAGAGUGACUCAGAAUUUAAAUAAUAGAAAUGUUUACUAUCGUCAUGUUUCAUUAGAAGAACACUUUGAAUCUUUAACAAAUCAUUUCAUGCUACCAGAAUUUGGAAUGUAGUUGGAUAUGAUGUGCCUAAUUUCAAAAGUACAAGAUGCACUAGCUUCGGUUUCGGAUAAAAGAAAAUACAAACGCAUAGUUAGUUUUUUUCUUCAGUAAUAUUUUAUCAGAGGAUAGUCCACCACCAACCAGCUAUAAUAUUCCAAGUUGCUUCGAUUAGAGGAAGCAAAAGAGUCAAGCAUUUACAUUUGGUUUAUCAAGAGAUUCGUUUUAAAGAGUAAAAAUAUCUCCUUAGUUUAAUUUAUCAAUAACGCUGGAUAGGUCUAUUUGGAGAAUCAGCUUCCCUAAGAAAGAAAUGUCCCAGGACCAGGGUAAUAUGAGCCAAUAAAAAAACUAGGAGAAAAUGCUCUAAAGCUGACGAUAGGUACAAAAACUGUUGAUCCAAAAACUUUGACUUCACAAAAAUUUGUUCCAGGGCCUGGAACCUAUGAGCCUAAGAAUAGCAUUAACCAAACAGGGUAAUUUGUGCUCAGCAAUAUGAAAUCCACUCUGACCCCAUCCUUCAGUCUUCCUAGUUUAAAGCAAUUGCCUGGUAGAAGACUUGAUUAUGUUGAGAUGAUGAAGUAUGUGCCAGGACCAGGGCAGUAUACUCCUAAAUUAGACCUAGGUGAUAAACCUGUCGUUUCAGCUUUCAGAUAAUCAAUUCAACCAACUCUAUACAAUCAUGACAGGUUCCCAAGAAACGAUAGAAAUAAAAACAUGCCAGGACCAGGCUACUACCAGACAAUAUCUGAUUUCGGCAUUUAUGGUAGCCCAAAGAAUUAAAAAACUUUGAGAACAACAUCGAGUUUAUUUUCUACAAAAAAUAGCGAUAAUGCUAAUGUCAAAAAGUCUUAAUCGUUUGGUGCAAGUAGAGUGAGAGAACGUCCAGAGAAGGACUAUAAGUCAUUUUUGAAAAAUUAAAGACUAAAGAUGUCGGAAAACCAGACAGUUUUAGAUCAUCACGAUAGGGAAAUGAAGGAGUUUAUUGAGCUAGAUUAAAUAAUCAGGACAAGUGUUAUUGAAUCAGCUGAAAAAGAAAAAGAGGAGAUGAAGCAUCACAAAAAGCAUAAAAAGUUUAAAUAUAUUGGCUUAAGCAAAUAAGAACUUAGACAACUAGGUACUUAGUAGAUAAUUGACAAUCUUAAUGAGGAAAAAAAUAGACUAUUUAAGAAAUACAACAUUGAUACGAGUGACGAAGAAACAUCAGUUAAAUAGCCUCGUUCUUAAUUAAACAAUCAGAAGAAGAAACAUUCUAGUUCACUUAUAGACUUAGGAGUAUUCUUUUAGUAAAAUUCUUCCAAAGUAAAUGAACCGUUCGAGAAUUUCCUACAACAUUAAUAUACAUUAAAAGCAUUCUCUGGAAAAGGUAUGUUUUCAGAUAAUAAUAAGCUAUAUCCUCCAAGAACUUCAAAGAACUAGUAGUUCAAGGAAAAGGAAUAUUCGGUGUUUAGUUUACCUAGGGUUUCAAUUGCUAAAUAAACCACCAAGGAAAGUUUUACUACUCCUAAGUCACCCUUUCUAUAAUAAUUAAAAAAUUCUGAAUUAAUUCCGUCAAUAUCAAUCUUAGAUAGCUUGACACCCACAAAUAUCAAUUCAAGGAAUAUGCAUAGAGAGACAUCGUAGUUAAAUGCUUAAGAAACUGAGGUGAUUUAUAGUUUGGCACAUCUCAAGCCCUUCGAUGCCAGGGUGUAAUUCUUAAGGCCAUUAAGUUUGAAGCCAAUUGAGAGAUAAGGGUCUGCCUCAGGGGAACCAAGAUCAGCUACCCUUAAAAAAUAUGAUCUCUAUAAAUAGUAUAACGAGGGAAACUUAGAAAGCUAAAGUUCGAAAAGAUAAAAUAGUAAUCAGAUAGAUAAAAGGAAUUCUUUAAAUAAAAAUGCUCUUGCUGCUGUAUAGUUAAUUCAUGAUGCAGUUGAUGACAUGAAAAAGAUUGAAUAAAUUAAGAAUUAAAGCCCCACUAUGAAAGAACCAAGUAAUAAGGAUUUGGAAUAAGAAAUUAACAAUCAUUUCAAAGAUAUGAAUAAGGACAAGAUUCAGAUGUCUUCCAAACUCUAGAAAAAAUUCAACAAGAGGACGAUUCAGACUUUUAUCUCCAAGAAGUUUGAUAUAGAGAAGGAAAUAAAGAGGAAGUGA